AUGCCUAAAUAUAAUUUUAUAAUUUCGCGUGCGGUUGAUAUUGUUGCUCGGAAAUUAGCUGGUAUGAAUCCCGAAGUAGUAGCUCGUUUCACGAAUAUUUUAAGUGAAGAAGCUCAAAGGAUUUAUGAAGACCUUAAAUAUAGUGGUCAAAAUGUUAAUGUGGAUAUUUUAGCUGCAAGACUAGAGGGACUUCUAAAACGAAUGAAAUAUGAACUUCGUAAUAAGGGCCCUGAUCCAUCACCAUAUGAAUUUCCUAUUUUCAAUGUAUCAAAUAAUCCGCAUGCAGCUUAUCCUAAGCCGAUCAAUCAUCUGUAUAAUAAACAUUAUCAAGAAGCCUAUUCAAAUUCUAUUAAACCAAGUCAACAAACAUUUUCCACGUCGCAAAAAAACUUUGGAUCAAUACAAACAACAAAUCUAAAUACACCAUUAUAUCUAACUUAUCAACAACAACCAGUUAUUGAUUUGCAUUCUUUAAAUUCAUCUACAAAAUAUUAUCAACAACCAAUAACAUCAAUUGAUAAAUCAUUAACUACAUAUCGUUCAUCUACAAGUGAUGAUAUACGUUCACGUUCAGUGUCGCGUUCAACUAGUGAUAGUGAAUUAAAUUAUUCAGUAUAUUCGAAUUCUCAAACUCGUAAAAAUUCACCAGAAAGAAAUCAUAGAUUUAAUACUAAUAAGAAAAAAAUAAUAACAACCAAACGAAUAUAUUCUUCACCAAAUACUGUUAUAGGUUCUGAAACAAUCGAAGAUUUAUUUCAAGUUAUAAACCGUCAAGAAUCUGAACCAUCACAAUCAACAUCAACGACUGAACGUGUUAUUAUUAUCGAUCGGCAUAAUCCAAAGUCAUCAAAGAAUAAACAAUCGAAAAAAAAAGAAAAAUCAUUAGAUACUUCAACACCAAAAAUAACUACUACAAUUUCAACUAGACCUUCAACAAAUUAUAUAAUACAACAACCGACUUAUUACUCUGCACAACAACCGGUUACGUAUAUGUCAAUGCCAAAUAAUAUUUAUUCAAGUGCAGCACCCUAUGUAACUAAUAUGACUGCAUAUUAUCCAUUUGUAUACUUUCGAUAG